AUUUCACUGCCUCCUGGACUAUAUAUUAUAAAAUGACAUUAUUUUAAAUUUGUUUAAAUUCUCAGAAAUCUCAGGGGUUUUCGGAAAUAUAACAACCCUAGUUUACUAUCAUCUGAUUGCAGAUUACUUCUAAUCUGGGAUGAGUUGUUCGACAUUUCUGAACGCCAAUCAUUUAUAUAAGGUAUUUCGAACCUAAACUAACUUUUAUAGUAUGAAAUGCUUCCAAAAAGUGACGAAAACAUAUGAUAAACCAACCUAAAAUACCAAUCAGCUGCUAAAUAACGAUAAAAACAAAAUCAAAACACCGGGAUUCACUUAAAAAUCCCGGUACAAGUGCGUCAUAUUGAUGACGUCAUCAAAACUACCGGUAAAAAAUGUGUUACCGGUACCGGGAUUCUAGACACAGCGUAGAAUAAAUACCAAUGAAAGUCAGGAAUUGCUAACAAUGCAUAAAGCAAAAGCCCGCGGAAUCAAAACCUGUGGUGCAAAAAGCCUACGUCAAGGCGAAAAACGACAUGCUGCUUACGUCACCACUGGUGAUUUGGCGUGGUGGCCGGUGGGGGGCUUCAGAUUUGUUUUACAUUCUACACAAACUUUAUGAGCAUAGGCUAUCCUGUAGCAGUAGUGUGUAUUAUCCUUGGGUUAAAACCAACUCGGAGGUGAAUCGCUAUUCAAAAACCGUCUCUCACUCUCAAAAGUAGUGCGAGGCCGCUCACAUUAGCCGCUUUCCAGCUGUGUGCUUCAAGCACGGUGCAGCACAGUGUUCUGUGUUUGAAACGCAAAGGUUAGCAGCUCUCGAAGCGCAGUACGGCUGGAACACGAACACGCGCUUGAAGCAUUUGCGCGCGCAAAAGCUCGAUUGCGUGCUCAAACCGUGCGUUCGUUAUUUUGGUCCGAGUUCUCCGAGCUUGACGUUACCGUUCGUUUAUUUAAAAAGUGUACUCGGUGCAGCCUCAUUCGCGUUCUUUAUUAAAAUUUCUGGCACUUUUAUUCAGCGUUCAACUGCUCUGUUCGCUCACUGGUCACGUGAUUACGGCUCCGCUCAGCAUGCUCUGCUCUUUGAGCAAAAUACCGAACGCAAGGAAAAGCGUCAGCUGGAAAGCGGCUAUUGUCAUUGCGGCAGCCUCGCGAAGUCCGUACGCGGCUUUACGUUGACAGUGACAGAGUGCUGACGUCUGUGGCUGACUUUACUUUGACAUUUCUGUCUGGCUCUGGCAGUACAGUGGCAGUGACAACUUUUCGAACUUCGCGAGAAGUGUUUUGGGAUGGGAUUAUUGGAAAAAAGCAAAAGUAUAGUAGUAUGACUGAUGCCUGAUUAGUGAAGACUCCAAAAUUUUAGCUUAAAGCUGAUAAUAUCCAAAAUUAAUUAUUAGCUGUUUCAUUGGUAUAAAAUUAAAAUUAUGUCAUCUAAAGUGCGGAGUAGAAGUGAAAAACAUAAGAGUUCAAGAAGUAAAAGUAAACCGUCCAGUGCCAGUGAACAAUCUCUUGAUGAAUGUGCUGAAUUGAAUUUGCAAAAUAUUCAAUUGGAUGACGAUAUCAGAAAAAGCCUCGAAGAUUUUCCCGAAGUUUUGUCGUUCAUUGAAAAGCUGCAAAGAAUUAUUCAGAAGCAAGUUAAGAAAAUCAUCAAGUGGAAGAGAAAAGCUAAGCAAAUCCUAGAGAAUACUGGCAAAAAUGUCUCGACUCAAACCCACUUUGAUGAAAACAUACAAGAAUCUCUAAAUGAAAUAGAAUCAAUAGAAAUUAAAGGGGAAAAAAGUUUUGCUGAUGAUAUAAGGGAAGCUGCUGAACAAGCAACUCAAUCUACAGGAUUUGUUUAUGAAGAAACUUCAGGUUUAUAUUAUGAUUAUAAUUCAGGUUAUUAUUAUAAUGCAGAAUAUGGACUUUAUUAUGAUGGCACUUCGGGCACAUAUUUAAAAUACAACGCAGAAACCCAAAAUUAUGACUUCCAUUCUCAAGUAGACACAACUGAAAUCAAUCUCAGUCAACCAAUGGACAAGGAGCAAAAACCCAAACGCAAAAGCAAAAACAAACAGAAAUCAAAAGAAUCCAAGAGGAGGCGGCCUGCACUGUCCAUGGACGACUUAGAGGAUGGCGAAUGCUCAAACGAUUCAGCUUCAAGCAAUGCGGAUAGUGUUAUUUCUGAAUCAAGUGAUUUAAGCAAACAAUGGCCUCCUUGUAUGAGAGUGAUAGUGGAAUCGACAGAAAUACCAAAAAUAAAAUCUGGCUCCUUAUUUAUAAUUACUUGCGAUGGAGGUACUAUAGGAAGAGAAGGCGAUCAUUCAAUAUGUUUGCCGGACAUAAAUGUCAGCAAACACCACUUGAAAAUAAGCUAUGACUCUGAAAAAUACUUAUUAGUAGAUCUGGGUUCAAGAAAUGGUACUUUACUCAACGGCCAAAGAAUGUCUAGUUCAAAACAAGAAAGUGAACCAACACAAAUAUUACACGGCAGCAGAAUUCAGUUAGGUUCCACUAUACUUUUAUGUCACAUUCAUGAAGGAACUCAAACUUGCGGUCAUUGCGAACCAGGAUUGUUACUGGGAGAAGAAAAAUAUCCAUUACAUGGAGCUAUUAAAAAAACCUCCAACGAACAAUUUAAAAGUGAAUUGAAGCGUUUGAGGAAGCUCCACGGACUGUUAGGAUCUGAAGCUAGUUGCAAAUUAGGGGAUGGUUAUACAGAUAGAGCCCAAAAGAGACGUGAAGAAUUUGGAAGUCAGAAUCCCUAUGAGAAAACUGAAGCUGCAUCUGUUGAAGCGUCUAUUCCAUCUCAAAAUAAAGGAUUUAAAUUAUUAGCUAAAAUGGGUUGGAAAGAAGGCGAGUCAUUAGGGAAAGAAGGAACAGGCGUUAAAGAACCAAUUAAUGUUGUGUCAAAUCUUGGUACUACAGGAAUAGGAGCUGUAUCACAAGUUAGAAUUGCUGAAAUGCCAAAGAAAAAUAUUUGGAAGAAGACACAGGAACGUUUCGAAAAAUUACCUGAAACAACUGCAAUAAUUGAUGAUGCUGAUUCCGAUUAGAUUAGAAUUUGGCAUUUUAUUGUAUGUAAUCAGGCCAAUUAUUGUUGCAUUUAUUGAUUUAAGUAUUUUAUCGCAUGCAGUUUCAUUGAUAUAUUAAAUAGUUAAGUAUUUA